CGAUGGAGGGAGGAUGAACGGGGGGGAAGGGUGGGUGGGGGGACAAAAACAACCAGCCAUCACGUUUGAAGUAGAAGAAGAACUUCAAGAGAAAGAGACUUUGCAAGGAUUCUUUCACCCCCCCCCCCCUCCUCUUUUCAUAAAAGAAACUUAUUCGGGACUGCUUGGGCGACCUCCACGCCGAUGGGGGCCGCGCCGGGCUCCGGCUGGGAGGAGGGCGAGUUUGAGUUCAAGUUGGUGUUCGAGGAGGACCCUCCGCGGCCGGGCCGGGGGACGUCGCCGGCAUCCAUGCCGGAGAAGAGCGCCGUCGGCCGGGAGCGAAGCGAGGCGGAGCCCGCUGACAGCAGCGGUGGAGGUGGUCCAGGGACAGACAGCCACCUCGCUGCCACUCAUGCGGGCCAUUCCAUCCGCAUCCCCAGCCCCCCGCCUUCUGCCAAUCAGAGGGCUGGGAUGCAUUCCCCGCCUCCCAGGAGAGCGACAGUCAAGGAGUUCAGCGGAACCUACGAGAGCCUGCCGGCACGCUCUGUUCAGGUUUCAGAGUCCCGCGUGGUGGAGUGUCCCAGCAUCCAGAUUACCACCAUCUCCCCCGAGGACGACCCGGCACCCUCCAACUCCUGGGACAUGGAUGGCGAUGGCGGUGGCAGGUGGGACAGGGAGCGCCUCUACCUCCCCCUGCUGGACCCUUUCACCUACCGAGACAAAUGCCCCGGCUCGCUCAGCCCCAGCCCUGCCUCCAGCCUCUCCUCCCGCGGCUGGCUCAGCCCAGCAUCCAGCUGUGACUCCCUGCUGACGGAGGAGGAGGAGCUUAACGAGGCCGCGCUCCAUUUCGGCCUUUCGCCCUCUUCCAGGCCCACUUCCCCGAGCGGUAAGAAGCGCAGGAACUCGCCCUUGGCCUCCCCAUGCUCCUCCCGCAGGGCGAGUUAUUCCGAGGAGCUGCACGGGGGCAUCCUGGAGGGUGCAGACUUAAGCCUAACGUCACAAGCUCCGCCCAACAUCUGUGAGCUAAGCAUCCCGCAGAAAACCAGGAAGACGUCAAUGGAGCAGUUGUCUCCAAGGGAGGUGGAUCGGGAGCAAACCCCAGGUCCCAGCCCCUCCUGUCCGCUUCCAGAAACCCUGCAGACCAGGAGAGAGCCCCCUACGAUGGGUAUGGACUACCUUUCGGUGCCCCCUGCUUUGGCUUGGGGUCGAACACGGGCCAGCGCUCACAGUCCUCUAUUCAGGUCCAACGCCAUGCCGCCACUCGACUGGCCCCUCCCCUCCCAGUUUGACCAGUACGAGCUGCGCAUUGAGGUGCAACCCCGUCCGUACCACCGGGCGCACUACGAGACUGAGGGCAGCCGGGGAGCUGUCAAGGCCAUUCCAACGGGACAUCCUGUCAUCAAGCUGAGUGGAUACACCGAGAGGAAACCGCUUUCCCUGCAGGUUUUUGUCGGAACAGCAGAUGAUCGAUCCAUCAGGCCACAUCCUUUCUAUCAGAUACACAGGGUGACCGGGAAAAUGGUGGGCACUGCAAGUCACGAGAGCAUCCAGGCGGGCACCAAACUGCUGGACAUCCCUCUUAAUCCAGAGAACCACAUGGCCGCACUCAUCGACUGCGCUGGGAUUCUCAAACUGAGGAACUCGGACAUCGAGCUAAGAAAAGGCGAAACGGACGUCGGGAGGAAGAACACGCGCGUCCGCUUGGUCUUCCGCACGCAUCUACCUUUGGCGCCCCCAGUUUCCCCCCCUGGUCGCAUCCUAGCUCUGCAGGUGGCCUCGUUACCCAUCGAAUGCUCCCAGCGGUCAGCGCAGGAGUUGCCCGUCAUCGAGUCGGUCAGCCUCACUUCCUCUUCCGUGGAGGGCGGUGAGGAUCUGAUGCUGAGCGGAUCUAACUUCAUGCCCAUCUCCAGGGUUGUUUUCAUGGAGAGAUCCACUGAUGGCAAACUUCAUUGGGAGCAGGAGGCCCCCGUGGACAGAGACAACAGCAACGAGUGUUUGCUGUGUGUGAGGGUCCCUCCCUACUGCGACCUGUCCGUCAGUCGCCCAGUGUCGGUUACUCUUUACGUGUCCAACGGGAAGAGGAAACGGAGCAGCAGUCAUUGCUUCAAAUAUCUCCCUAUCAUGUUCAAGGAGGAGGAGCCCCUGUUGUCCCUGCCCCAAGAUAGAGGUCAGUCCAGAAUGAACAGCGAUCAACACGUGAGGGCUGACGCCAUGUUGGAUGAGCAGACGAGCCUUGGCUUCCACCUGCCCCCUUACUCCUCCACCUGCUCCCCUCCAUGCACGAGCCUGGCCUACCAGGAGGAGUAUGGCGCCGAAGUGACGGCGGAUGAGCCCGGUGGGUCGGGCCCCACCAUGUCCGAGCAUCACGAUGGCUUCGAGAACCUAGAGUUGGGUUUUACCGAGCUCCUCCCCCCUCUCUACCUCCGUGGUCCUCAACCGCCGUCACCUUCCCCCUGGUUGGACUCCCCCUACCUGUCUUCCUCCCCCUCACCUUCCCAUUCCACCUCUCUUAGCCCAUUCCCAGCCGGGAGCCCCAUCUCCACGUCCCCACUGCCUCCGUUUCCCACUCCCCCGUACCCGCAGUACUCCAUUUACCCUCCGGAGCUGUGUUCCUCCUCUCCUGCCCACAUGAACCCAUACCAGGACAUAGUUUCGGCACCCUAUUCUAAUUACGAGAGCUGGGACCCCCCUGGGAGUGCGCAGGGCAUGAGUCACGGGGACGAGAGGGAUGCCAAGAUUCAAGGAUGUCCUCUGGAGUCCAGUAGCUCCACCCCCAUGCACCCCAUCACUUUUGAGGAAGUGACAGAGUACAUCGGGCAGGACCUGCAGUCUUACCAGGCCGCAUCCCACAUGGACCACAAGCAGCCACACUGAUCACCACUUAGCAUCAUUCCUAUUACAAUGCACUUGUCCUAUAGCACAACUUCCUGCUCCACUUUCGGUCUAUUUGUAUCUUCCAUUAGCAGGACACUGUUUUGAUGUGAUUUUGGCCAUCGGUACAAAUAUGCCUUUAUUUAGUUUUUCUAUAAAGCGAAACAAACGUUUUUUUUUUGCAUUAUAAAUUAUAAAACAAAGCCGA